CUGCCAGUUACGACCGACAUAAGUAUUUUUUCCUUUCUCGAAUUUCGCUUUCUAGAAUCAUUGAAAUUAGCAGUAGAAGAACGAUAUGGCGGAAGACUGCAGCCCAGAUUUUAGCAGACCACAGAUGUAUUUAUUUGGCUGUGAACUGAAGCCAGACAAAAAGGAAUACAAAGUCGAAGUGGACGACGAUGAAGCAGAGCACCAGCUCUCACUCAAAGCGGUGUGCUUGGGGGCGGAGGCUGAAGACAAGUUUCACACGGUGGAGAUUGAGGGCAUGACAUACGACGGCAAGAUGUCCAAAGUCCAGUUGGCCGUCCUGAAGCCUUCAGUGCUCCCCUCUAUGAGUUUGGGGGGCUUCGAGAUCACACCGCCCAUCACAUUCCGUCUCAAGUCUGGAUCCGGUCCGGUCUUCAUCAGCGGCCAACAUUUUGUCAGCGUGAAGGAUUCUGAUGAUGAAGAAGAGGACGAGGAGGAAGAAAACAACACAUCGCCCAUGAAGAGGCCAUCAAACUCCUCCUCUGGGAAGGCUCCCUUGCAGAAGAAACUGAAGAUGGUGAAGAUGGACGAAGAGGAGGAGGACGAUGAUGACGACGACGACGAUGAGGAUGACGACGACGAUGAAGAUGAAGAUGACGAUGAUGAGGAAGAUUCUGCGAAAAUUCCAAAAAGCACCCUGAUCAAAUCUCCCAAAAUAAACCCUGGCACCCCAGAGAAGAAGUCUAAAGUCUCCUCCCGGGAGAAUGGCUCACCUGGGAAGGUGGGUGGCCCAACAGGAAAGCCCCAGGCUAAGGUAGCAGGAGGGGGCAAAGACAAGUCUGGGGCUGGUACGUCCCCCCAACCGCUGACAGUGAGUGACUACAGGAACAAACUAAGCACUGCAGUCAAAGAGGGAAAAAGUCUUCCAAAAACGGGGCAGAAGUUUGAAAAUUAUGCCAGAAAUUGCUUAAAGAUCUUGGAUAAAAACCUCAUCACAAGAAACUUGUGAAUGAAAACAGAGAGGUCGAAUGUCCUGUGAAGCGGUGAGUAUUAAAAGAUUGCUGGAUAUUGCCUCUGACACAGGAACGGGAGUGUAUCUGCUAUGUGGUUAUUUACUGGCAUCUGCUCUCUCUGAGAUGUCUCCUGUAGCCUAAUGAUGUGACUGGAAGUAUGCAAACCGUACCAGGCUCUCACUCCACUUCAAGGCCAUUUGCCAGUUGAGAGGGGAAGGCCGGUGCUGUAUAGAGCAUUUUAUGUUGUGCAUAAAUGCGCUCGCUGUUCAAAGUCAGGGGAUGAUGCUGACACUUUUCAACGCAUCCUUGUUUUCAACCUUUCCCUUGCUUUUAAUUGCAUCUGUAUUUAAAUAAAUUUGAGUCAUUAUAAAAAAAAUACAUUUCUGGGACUUCCAGACAAGAGUGAGUGCCUUCAACCUUUAUUCACAGAUAUCAUGACUGUGGUGAAGUGACUUUUCUACCCUUUAAGGUAUUAUAUAGCAAAUAUUUGACUAGUAAUGCUGAUGUAAAGAUCAAUACUGGUAAUUGAAUGCAGAGUUCUAGAAUACUGUCUUCUCUGAAGUCUCUGGAGUUUGCAGAGAAUGGUGCGAAAAAACAAAAAACAUCCAGUGAGCAGCAGUUCUCUGGGCAGAAACGUGUUGUUAAUGAGAGACGUCAGAGGAGAAAGGCCAGGCUGCUCGAAGACUGGUCAAAGCUGACGAAGGUGACAGUAACACAAAUAACCACACAUUACAACAGUGGUAUGCAGAAGAGCAUCUCUGAACAAACAACACAUCAAACCUCUUAAGUGGAUAGGCUACUGCAGCAAAGGUCUAAAACCAAAUACCUAAUAAAGGCCUCACUGAGUAUAUAUUUUCUACUUUGCAUGAAUGACUGAAUUACUGCAGUGUCAUCACGUAGGUGGGGGGGAAACAACUUCGAGAUAAAAGCGCUGGUUUGAGUGCGUUUGCAAGCCAGUUAGCGGAUCCUUUCCAUUGAGGGUUCUGGUCUUCGACAUUCACCAUGUUCUUCUGCCAGUGUGUGGGAAUCCUCUUUGCAUGACUGCUUUGGAACAGGUCUUCUAAUUACUUUCUCCCUGUCCUCUCUUUCAGGUUAUCAAAGAUCUUUGGACCUUUCUACAGACCUUGACAUCUGAGAAGAAGCACUCACGAUAAAAAUAUAAUUUUUAAUCCCAGGUUUAUUAUUAUUUUUUUAAUUCCGUACUUGCAUCCCUCUGUGCUGUGUGUCAUUUGAGUUCCGGAUAUAUGGCCAGGCCGAACGCCUUACCCAUUCUACUUCCACUAUUCUGCUUAGCAUCGUGCUCGGUUAGCGUAAACCGCAAAUGCAGUCCUGAAGUUUACCAGCAAACGGUUUAAACUUAAGGUUAAUUUGUACUAAAAGUACAGUAAUAAUCUCAAAACACAAAAACACCUGAAAGUGUUCUAGGUGGCUCUCAUUUCAGCUCCAAGCCUUGCAAUCCAGUCUAGCGGUUAAGUGUACCAAUUAUCAUGUAGUCCGUCGAGUAAACGAAUCCGCCGAGGCCAUAAAACGCGAUUUAGUUUUGUUGAUGAAGCUGUGAUGAAAAUCACAGAAGCAUGACCAUUUUUGAAAAAAUGAAAGGUAUGUACGCACAUGCCUUCAGAGUUGAAUUCUCUUGUUUGUUCUCUUGGUUUUUUAUUUAAAUCUCAGUGGCCAGUAGCUGGUCGUCAUUUUGCACCGUCUGUGCCGAGGCUUCCGUCCUGCCUGGGGGGCGUUUCUGUACAUUGUAAAUGUAGGGCAAUGCUACUGUAUAUAUUCCUGCAUAAAGGCAGCUUUAGCAUCGGAGUGGGACGAAUGUGGAUAUUUGUCCAAUACCUGAGGCUAUUAUGUGGACAUGGUCCAGUAAUCCUGUGCUGACAGCUGCAAAGGAGGGCAUGUCCACUCAGUUGAGUUGUAAUAUUAUUGCAUCAUUUGAAAGUUCAGUCAGCACAUACUUAAUAGGACAUACACUCACUGAGCACUUUGUUAGGUAGACCUGUACAUCAGCUCGUUAAUACAAAUAUUUAAUCAACCAAUCAUGUGACGGCAACUAAAUAAAAGCAUGCAGACAUGGUCAAGAGGUUUUUCAGACCAAAUGUUAGAAUGGGGAAGAAAUGUGAUUUAGUUGACUUUGUCCAUGUAAUGAUUGUUGGUACUGAUCUCCUGGGAUUUUCAUGCGCAACAGUCGCUAGAGUUUUGCCAAGAAUGAAAAACAGUGUGAAAAACGAAAAACAUGCAUUGAGUAGCAGUUCUGCAGGCAAAAACACCUUGCUAAUGAGGGAGGUCAGAGGAGACAGGAAGUUGACAGUAACACGAUAACCACACAUUACAACAGUGGUAUGCUGAAGAGCAUCUCUGAACACACAGCGUGUCAAAUCUCUUAAGUAGAAGACCAGUAAGUUAAAGAAUUAUAAUUCUAAUUCAUUAUAAUUCAAUUUAUUAAUACCUAAUAAAUUGCUCACUGAGUUCUCCGUUUUAAAAAGUUUAACGAAAAAAAUAGAUUUGGUAUGUGGACACACAUCAAAUGUUUUGGAAAAUGAGCGAAGCAGGUGUUUUCCUUUAAGCCAGUCAAAGAGACCCAUUUUGUUAAUAUAGCAUGAUGCUAAUUGAUUUCUAACUGAAGUCACCGAAAACUCAACAGCCGCAAGCAUGGCAUUUUUUUCCCCCCACCUUUCAUUAUAUCAUGGUUGUAGGAUUUUUUUGGUCAGUUUUUCCUUAGUCCAUUUCCUGUGUCAAAAUUCUGUUCACGUAUUUUGUUUAAACUGGUGUUGCGCACCAUACAGAUAGGCAGAUAGUAGCUCCUAUUUAGUCAUUUUUACUUUCUUAAAGUGAUCAUUUUUAAUUUAACUUUCUUUUGAAAUUAGAAUUUGUCCCUUAAUUUGUGUGACCAUUUGAGGGUAGCCCCAUGAUUUGUGACAAUUUGUUCAACGCAUGCAGAAUGUGAAAUUGCCGUUUGUUUCCAAUGUAGAAAUGAAAUGCAUUUCUCACAGUGGUCCUCACUCUUGGUCCUGGAGAGCCGCAGGGUGUGCUGGAUUUUGUUGUUACUCAGCACUUAAUUGAUCCAUUAAAGCAGUUCAUUACAGUUAACUCUGUAAGAACAAAAACCAGCACACCCUGUGGCUCUCCAGGACCAGGAACGAGGGCCACUGAUUUUGCAUUAAAGACAUUACUUGUGUGCUGCUCUCAUCGUUUAUGCUGUGAACAGCAGAAUGUCUCCAUCCACAGCUCUUUGGAUUUACAUUGCUUUGUUUCUUCAAUGGCUGACAAGCUGUUGGUGAUCCUGAAUGGACCAUCCAUUUUCAGGCCUCUACAGUGAGGAAGGGCUAUAACCGGUCAGCCUGGUUCCAGUUCUGUAAUGGGAAAAGGGCCAUGAUUAUCCAGGAUGUUUUUGAGUUGGAGAGGGGCAUAGCCAGUCUACAGUAGGAGAGGGGCAUUACCGUAACCGGCAGGCCGCACUGUGCAUAGGCGCUAUUGCUCUGGGCCACGUUCUUAACGGGAAAGGUGAAAACUGCCGUCUCGUGCCAUUUUUACGCACACCCAACCGUUUUCAAAGAGCGUUUUCUUUCUUGUGUUCUGAAGUAAUUGGCGGACUGUGAACUUAAAGAACUUGUUUGUUUUUUGUUUUUUUUUCUUUUUUCUUGACUUUUUCUCUAAUUAAAAAAGAAAGUGGUCAAA